UAAUUCUUGUACAGACCUAUUUCAUUAAAGUCUGCUCAAUUUGAAAGUGCUAAAGUUUUGUCUUGAGAGUUUAAAUAAAAAAGUCUUAAAAUGACAAUAUUUAUAAAUACUCCCAAUGAAAAACGUUACAUAUUCUACCCAGCAAGCAAUGGCGAAUUUAAAUUUCGUAUUUGUUGCAACAACGAUUGUCAUGUGGCAUUAGCCACGCAACCACAUGAAGCUUUGCCCAUGUACGAAAUUGCCAUUGGAGGAUGGAAUAAUACCAAGUCUAUAAUACGAAAAUUUGGAGAACAACCUGACUUUGCAGCUGCAGCUACUCCUAAUAUUUUGAAUAACAAUGAAAUGCGAGGAUUUUGGGUACGAUGGCUUGACAACACCAUUUCGGUGGGUCGAGAAGGCGAGAGUCAAGCGUUUAUGUCUCACAAGGAUCCAAACUUAUUGCCCAUUAAAUAUGUGGGUAUAUGUACGGCGUAUGGAUCGACGGGCUCAUGGUUGUUUGAUGAAAUACCCAUCAAUGGCAUUGUGCCGUAUCAUCCAAUGAAGGCCGACUUGGUUGGAAGUCAAAAUAUGAAAUUUGUAAAAACUCCCAAUGAGAAAAAAUACAAAUACUAUCCCGCCCAAGGUGAAAUUUUCACAUUUAACGUGUGCUGCACCAAUGAUUGUCACAUUUCGUUAUCAACUCAUAUGGACUGGGUGACCCCAAUUUACGAAAUUGCCAUUGGUGGCUGGAGUAAUUCGAAAUCAAUUAUACGCCUUAUAGGCAAGGAACCCAACGUUGUUGCAGCCAUUACCCCAAACAUUGUAAAUCCUAAUGAAAUGCGUGGUUUUUGGGUUAGUUGGGAUAACAAUGUCAUUCAAGUUGGUCGUACAGGAGAGUCGGUACCUUUUAUGUCUUACAAGGAUGUCAAUCUUUUCGACAUAAAAUAUGUGGGAAUAUGUACGGCAUUUGGUUCCACAGGAACUUGGUUAUUAAAGGAAAUGGCAUCUGCUAAAGAGAUUGUUUCAUUGCCCACAGGUAUUCUUAACGAUAAUAGCAAAUUGACAAGUGUAAACACUCCCAAUUUGCAAAAAUACAUAUUUUACCCGGCUCGUGGCGAAACUUUCUCAUUUAAAGUGCGUUGCUCCAAUGAUUGCCAUGUUUCUCUCUCAACCAAUCCGCAAGAAUUACUGCCCAUGUAUGUCAUUGUCAUUGGUGGUUGGAAUAACUCAAAAUCGGUUAUACGAAAAAUUGGAAGUCCUCCCGAUCUGGUAGAAGCUAUGACGCCCUCGAUUGUGAAUUCCAAAGAAUAUCGCAGCUUUUGGGUUUGUUGGUAUGGCAAUGUCAUUCAAGUUGGACGUGAUGGAGAAAAUGUUCCAUUUAUGGCAUACAAAGAUGAGAAUUUAUUUAUGGUCAAAUAUGUUGGAAUAUAUACGGCAUUUGGAUCUACAGGCUCCUGGUUAUUGGAUGAAAACUUUAAGGCAGAUUUAGUUAGAAAUCCUAGUAAUUGCUUGAAAAUUGAAACUCCCAAAGAGAAGGCCUAUAAAUUCUACAAAAUCCAUGGUGAAAGGUUAAAUUUUAAGAUAAGCUGCUCGCAUGAUUGCCUGUUGGCAUUGUCAGCGCAACCCUUAGAGGGUCUACCCAUGUAUGAGAUUGUCAUUGGCGGCUGGGGUAAUACGAAAUCGGUUAUACGUCAAAUUGGCUUGCAACCUGCAGAAGUAACGGAAGUUUUAACACCCGAUAUCUUAGCUUCAGAUAAAUUACUAGGAUUCUGGAUAAGUUGGAGUAAUAAUACUUUGUCGGUGGGACGUGCAGGGGAAUCUAUGUCAUUUAUGUCUCAUAAAGACGCAAAAUUAUUUCCCAUAACUUAUGUGGGAAUAUCGUCGGGAAAUGGUGCCACAGGCACUUGGCAAUUUGAAGAUAAAACUAUUAGUCCAGGCAAUUGGUUUGCCACCUCAAAUGGUGUUUUACCUCCAGCUGCAAUAAGUUGCAACUUGAAUGACAAGGAAUUAAACUAUGUAGCCCGGGUGAAAUAUAAUGGCAAUUUGAUUCCUGGCCGUUUGCAAUCAACUCAGGGUCUUUGUUAUAUAACGUAUAAAGGCAAGGUUUUAAGCUUUAAUAACUAUGAAGUUUUUGUAUCUGGCAAUGCUUCUUGGGCUCCUGUUGUAAAUGGUCGAUUACCCUCAAAUGCCUUGGUUGGCGGUUAUACAGAUGAUGGAGAACUUUUGUACAUUGGUCGAGCUUUACAUUUGGGAAACCUAACACCUGGCAAGGUACAACACUCCAAAGGUUGCUGCCUUAUAAGUCAUCAAAAUCGUGAGAUUGCUUGUCCUGAAUAUGAAGUGUGUGUGACAAAUUGAAGU